CAAAUCUUCGUUUCACCAUCCGUGGCAGUAAUGCAAUGUGGUCGGUUCUAAGGUCUCGAGCUCUCUCACCUUGCUGCAAGCAGCUAGGGUUUUGCUCCACCGUUGUCAAUCGUUCUCUAUGUUCCUCCGCCGCGGAAAGCAAGCUUAUUAACGGCGGCGGAGAGUUGCUGAAGCUGGAGGAGGUGGAGAAAAUCCUCACCGAUGUUAAGGCCGACAACAUCCAAGUCAUUCCGAUUCCGAAGCACGACUUCGCCGAUUAUAUGGUCAUCGCCACCGGAAGAUCAGCCUGGCACGUAAGGAAUAUCGCUCAAGCUUUGAUUUACAAGAUGAAGCAAAAGCAGAAAGGAGCGAAAAGAAUGCUGUUGCCGAGCGUGGAAGGGCAAGAGGGAGGGAAGUGGAUUGUUAUUGAUUCCGGCACCUUGAUAAUUCACGCUCUCGACGAGAAAGUGAGAACUUAUUACGAUUUGGAGAGGCUUUGGGCCACAGAUGAUGCAUCAAAUAGCGUCGAGGAUCAGAUUCAGAAGCAGGAUCAAGACCAGGCUUUGGCCAAGGCUUUCGUGAAGAUUCGUCCCAAGAAUAAUUCUAAGAAACGCCCAAAGGCAAUCGUGCCGGGCGCUUAAUCAUCAGUGAAAUCGAUCGAUUGCAGAAGUGAUCUCCACGGCUGAAAUUUCUGUUCUUUACUUGCAUUCUGAAGAUUCUUGUGCUGCGAAUUUCAUUGAAUCUUUGCUUGAGCUAAUAUUUUCUAUUUUCUAUACCAGAAAGGCAGAAAGAAACCCAAUUGAGCUGAUAAGUUUUACAAAUUUGGAAUUAUGAAUAGCUAGACUGUUGUUUUUAAUUGUAUCAAAUUUGUGGUCUGUGUUGCUCGAUGUUGGGGUUCUAUUUUUGCUGUGAUCUGAGCGAUCAAAGUUUGAUGUUGUGCCUAAAUCCAAGGGAUUUGAUGUUUUGCAUU